UAUCAAACAAAAAAUUUUAAUUUUUUUAAAACUUCAAAUUACAAUGAACAGUCCUGAUAAUUAGGCAAAUAAAAUACCUGAAUAAGAAAAUUACUAAGAAGAUUUAGAGCACCAUGGAUAAGAUGUUGAUGAAAAUAAUUAAUUUUAUCACUAAGAACAUAAUAUAUCUUUAGAAAAAUACUCAGAUUUAUGUGAUGAAGAAUAUAAAAAGUCAUUUAAGAAUAACUCAGAAUCAGAAGAAGAUUACGAAGCAGAUUUUCAACAUACCACGGUCUAUCAUCAUGGGGAAAAUAAUGGAAGGCACAUGAAUGAAUAUGAGUUUCUUGAAAAAUUGGGAUAAGGGUCAUUUGGUAAGGUCAAGAAAGUGGAAAGAAGAUACUUAGAUGAAGAUGGCGUUACAGUACUGAAAUCAUUUUAUGCAGCCAAGAUCUUUAAAAAAAGUUAGCUUGAAUACGAAAGAGUAUUUGCAUAUAAUAGUGAUGGUGAAAGUUUUAUGACAAAUAGACUUCAUUUAAUAUAAGAAGAGAUAAACAUAUACAAGAAUUUGAAUCAUCCAAAUAUAUGCAAACUCUUUCAGCUUUAUAUGUAAGAUCAUAGACGAUGAAACAGAUGAGAAGCUUUAUUUAAUUUUGGAAUAUUGUGAUAUGGGUUAGCUAAUGGUUUGGAACGAAGACAAUUAAUAUUAUGAUCCUAAUGAUAAAUUGGAUUAGUUUAUAUGCUAAUAAUAUGGCAUCAAUGAAUAAGAUCAAUAUAAAAGAAGAGAGUAAUAAGCAAAAAUUAUAUUUUAGCAAAUAGCUAAGGGAGUUUAGUACCUUCAUAAAAGAAAUAUUAUUAAUAGAGAUAUAAAAAUAGAUAAUAUUUUAUGCAAGAGUGAUGAAGAAAACGGGGAGCAUUUUAAAUUAGCUGACUAUACAACUGCAAAAAAGCUUACUCAUUAGCAGUAAAAGCUUAAAGAUUGCGCAGGUACUAGUGGCUUUAGAUGUCCUGAACAAUAGUUUAAUCUCGAAUAAGGAUAUGAUGGUAAAGCAUGUGAUAUCUGGUCUUUAGGGAUUUCAAUAAUAACUUAUGUCAACCAUAAAAUACCAUUUUGGGCUGAAUCAAAUCUAUAAACAGACAUAGCUGCUAAAAAUAAUCCGAUAUAAUAUGAAAAACAUAAUUCCGAUCUAUUAAAAGACUUAAUCGAAUCAAUGUGCAAAAAAUCAGAGGUAGAUAGAAUUAAUAUAGAUUAAGUAUUAGCUCAUCCUUUUUUUACUGGUGAAUGAUAAAAAAAGUGUCUAUAAAAGAAAUAUAUAAAAAUAUUGUUUUUUUUUUCUGAUGAUUAACAAAAAGAUGAUAAGAAAAAAAAAGAUUUAAUAUUAAAAGGGGUGUAAGAUUUACAUUUAAAAAUACAGUUAAAUUUAUUUAUUUACUGUCUUAUAUAUAUAUAUAUCAAUCUAUUUUUAUUAUAUUUAAAAGCAAUCUUAUAUAAACUACUAUUAAUAUAUUUAUCUAUCUAUCUUUCUUACUACCUACAUAUUUAGCUAUAUAUCAACUGAUAUUUCAAUUACACUAUUCAAUAUAUCCUCAAACUCUGUUGAAUUUCUUUUUGUCCAUUCUAAAGUCUUCAAUUUCAUUUAUUGCCAUUCUUCCUAAAGAAUAAUCUGGACCCAAUCCUUCUAAUCUUUUUUUAAUUAAUUAAUUAUUUAUUUAUAUAAUUAUAGAUUUAUGGAUAUUCAUAUAUUAUUUUGUAUUUACCUUCUUAAAGUAUAUUCAGUAGAUUAAAUUAUUCCAUAAAUGCCACCACCAACUAUACCUGUUCCAAAACCAAAAAGUCUUAAUCCCCAUCCAAUAAAAUGCCUAUUAUAAACUAAAUAAAUAUGA